AACAAAAUACUUCCUCCAAAACAUCGUCUAUAUUGAAACGGAGGGAGUAUCAUUUAGAUAUUUGUUGUACUGUAUGUGGCUUUUAUCAAAUUAUAUAAACCAACGGUCACGAUCCAGUUAUAGUUUUAGCAUUUCUUAACAGUAUAAUAAGAUCAACGGCUCGUAAUAGUAUUAGUGAGAGAGAGUGAGCUCUAAAUCGAGCCGACACUUUACCGAUGAAGGAGGACGACGCCUUGCCGACGUCGGCGACGGCGAAUUCGAAGAAGGAACACUCCGAAUCGGUUUUGUUUGGAGGAGGUCGUUACAAGUUCUAUGCGUUCGCUGCUCUCUUGCUUUUAGCCUUUUGGUCGAUGUUCACCGGUACAGUCACUCUCCGGUUAUCCACCGGGAAUCUAAACCGGUUAUCUGCAGAUCUCGGAGUUCGGAACUACGAUCACCUCGACGCUCUGGAAAUGGAGGAGAGGGAGAGAGUGGUGAAGCGUAUGUGGGACGUGUACACUAACAGUCGUCGGAUCAAGUUGCCUGAGUUUUGGCAAGAGGCAUUCGUCGCUGCUUAUGAAGAGCUUACUAGUGAUGUUCCUGGGGUUAGAGACAAUGCUAUGGGAGGUUAAGGAUAUUACAUUUUAGAGAGCGCAAGGGGUUUGGGAAGAAGCUUCAAGAAGAUUUUACACUAGCCAAGCAGCAAAUAGCUGAUGGUGAUAUGAUAUAUACUGGCGACAACACGUUUACAUAUAAACCUAUGAUCAUUUCUACUUGCUGAAGCCAAAAGAUGAUCCUAUUCAAUUCUAUCGAUUGGUAAUUACAUACAAAUACUUUUAUGAUGUGCUGAAACAUGGAAUCUUUCUGAUAUACGUGUUCUUCAGUACAAAACCAUUGUUGCAAAUCUAAUUUCUGUAAUGCAAACACAACCAAAACAAAAGCACUGAGUUAUACAUUAUCAAAGCGUUUUUUUUU